CACCGGGUACGCGCGCCGGCGACCAUGGCGUUCGCCGGGCUGGGGAGAGUACAUUAAACCCCGGGGACGGCGGCCGCGACGACGACGACGAGGAGGGAGCGAGCCUCGAGCGGGCGGGCCCAACCAGAGGAAAGGGAGGAAGGGGCGGGGAGAUCGCCGGAGGGAGGCUGGUCAGCCGCGGGCGGGCGGGCAGCGCAGCGCCGAGAGGGGCCCGCGGGCCCAUGAGGAGGCCUGGGGACCAUGGGCUCCAGGAUCAAGCAAAACCCGGAGACCACGUUUGAAGUGUAUGUUGAAGUUGCCUAUCGUAGGACAGGUGGCACUCUUUCAGAUCCUGAGGUGCAGAGGCAAUUCCCGAAGGACUACAGUGACCAGGAAGUUCUGCAGACUUUGACCAAGUUUUGUUUCCCCUUCUAUGUGGACAGCCUCACAGUUAGCCAAGUUGGCCAGAACUUCACAUUCGUGCUUACUGACAUUGACAGCAAACAGAGAUUUGGGUUCUGCCGCUUAUCUUCAGGAGCGAAGAGCUGCUUCUGUAUCUUAAGCUAUCUUCCCUGGUUCGAAGUAUUUUAUAAGCUGCUUAAUGUCUUGGCAGAUUAUGCGACCAAAGGACAGGAGAGUCAGUGGAAUGAGCUUCUUGAAACUCUGCACAAGCUUCCCAUCCCUGACCCAGGAGUGUCUGUUCAUCUCAGCGUGCAUUCUUACUUUACUGUGCCUGAUACCAGAGAACUUCCCAGCAUACCUGAGAAUAGAAAUCUGACAGAAUAUUUUGUGGCUGUGGAUGUAAACAACAUGUUACAUCUGUAUGCCAGUAUGCUCUACGAACGCCGGAUACUCAUCAUUUGCAGCAAACUCAGCACUCUCACGGCCUGCAUCCACGGCUCUGCUGCCAUGCUCUACCCCAUGUUCUGGCAGCAUGUGUACAUCCCCGUCCUGCCUCCACAUCUGCUGGACUACUGCUGUGCUCCCAUGCCCUACCUCAUAGGAAUCCAUUUAAGUUUAAUGGAGCAAGUCAGAAACAUGGCCCUGGAUGAUGUUGUGAUCCUGAACGUGGACACCAACACCCUGGAAACCCCCUUUGAUGACCUCCAGAGCCUCCCAAACGACGUGAUCUCCUCACUGAAGAACCGGCUGAAGAAGGUAUCCACAACUACUGGGGAUGGUGUGGCCAGAGCCUUCCUCAAGGCCCAGGCCACGUUUUUCGGCAGUUACCGAAAUGCUCUGAAAAUUGAGCCAGAAGAGCCCAUCACCUUCUGUGAGGAUGCCUUCGUGUCGCACUACCGCUCUGGAGCCAUGAGGCAGUUCCUGCAGAAUGCCACACAGCUGCAGCUCUUCAAACAGUUCAUUGAUGGUAGGUUAGACCUUCUCAAUUCUGGCGAAGGUUUCAGUGAUGUUUUUGAAGAGGAAAUCAACAUGGGCGAGUAUGCUGGCAGCGAUAAACUAUACCACCAGUGGCUCUCCACAGUCCGGAAAGGAAGUGGAGCGAUUCUGAAUACUGUAAAAACUAAAGCAAAUCCGGCCAUGAAGACUGUCUAUAAGUUUGCAAAAGAUCAUGCAAAAAUGGGAAUAAAAGAGGUGAAAAACCGCUUGAAGCAAAAGGACAUCACUGAGAACGGCUGUGCCCCCACCACAGAAGAGCAGCUGCCCAAGACCGUGCCGGCCCCACUGGCGGAGGCCAAGGACCCCAAGCUUCGAGAAGACCGGAGGCCAAUCACAGUCCACUUUGGACAGCUACAAAGACUCCGUCCCACUCGCCCGCCGCCUCCCAAGAUACAGCGCUCGAGGCCCGUGCGCCCUCCCCGUCCGCAUGUUGUCAAGAGACCCAAGAGCAACAUCAUGGUGGAAGGCCGGAGGACGUCCGUCCCAAGCCCUGAGCACCUGGCAAAGCCCUUGCGACACUACGCGGUCUUCCUCUCCGAAGACUCCUCUGACGAUGAACGCCAGCGGGAAGAGGGCCCGAGCUCUGGCUUCACCGAAAGCUUUUUCUUCUCCGCCCCCUUUGAAUGGCCACAGCCUUACCGGACACUCAGGGAGUCAGACAGUGCUGAAGGUGACGAGGCGGAGAGCCCAGAGCAGCGAGUGCGGGAUCCCGUGGGCCCUGCCCCACCUCCACCUGACCGGGCUGCCAGCAUCGACCUCCUAGAAGACGUCUUCAGCAGCCUGGACAUGGAGGUCCCACUGCAGCCACUGGGCCAGGCCAAGAGCUUGGAGGACCUUCGGCCCCCCAAAGACCUGAGGGAGCAGCCGGGGACCUUUGAUUAUCAGAGACUGGACCUGGGCAGGAGCGAGAGGAGCCUUGGGAUGCCGGUGGCCUGGAAGCUGGCCCACCCAUACAACAAGCUCUGGAGCCUGGGCCAGGAUGACAUGGCCAUUCCCAGCAAGCCCCUGGCCACCUCCCCCAAGAAGUCCUCAGCCCUGCUCGGGAACUCCUCAGCCCUGCCCCACAGGCCCCAGAGCCAGGACAGCACCCUGAACCCCCACAACAAGGAGGAGGCCCCCACCCCCACUCCAGGCAGCAUCACCAUUCCCCGGCCCCAGGGCAGGAAGACCCCAGAGCUGGGCAUUGUGCCCCCACCUCCUACUUCCCGCCUGGCCAAGCUCCAGGCUGCUGGUGUCACCCUCGGUGACUUCUCAGAGCCACUGCAGGCUGAGCGGGAUAGGCAAUCUGGCCUGAGCCCAAGCCUCUUCCCUGGACUCCUCCCCAGCGCUGUCCCCCAAGGCCCCACUGAACUGCUGAAGCCACUCAGCCUGGCCCCAGGGGCCGUGGACACAAGUGGUGAUGCACUACUGGCCCUCCUAGAUCCACUUAACACAGCCUGGUCAGGCAACACCCUUCCACCCUGCCCUACAGCCCCAAAUGUAGCCACCCCUUUCACCCCCCAGUUUAGCUUUCCCCCCACAGGGACCCCCACCCCAUUGCCACAGCCAUCACUCAACCCCUUUGUCCCAUCUGUGCCAGCAGCACUGCCUGCCAUGCCCCUGGUCUCCACACCAGCUGGGCCUUUCGGGGCCCCUCCUGCUUCCCUGGGGCCAGCUUUUGCCCCCAGCCUCCUGCUCUCCAGUCCUGGCUUCUGUGCCCCACAUAGAUCUCAACCCAACCUGUCUGCUUUCUCCAUGCCCAACCUCUUUGGCCAGAUGCCCAUGGGUGCCCACAACAGUCCUCUGCAGCCCGUGGGCCCCCCAGUGGUCGCCCCUUCGAGAAUCCGAACAUUGCCCCUGGCCCGCUCAAGUGCCAGGGCUGCUGAGGCCAAGCAGGGGCUGGCCCUGAGGCCUGGAAAACCCCCACUGCCUCCUCCCAGACCCCCACAGGGCCUGGAGCCAGCACUGCAGCCCUCUGCUCCUCAAGAAGCCAGAGACCCCUUUGAGGAUUUGUUACGGAAGACCAAGCAAGACAUGAGCCCAGCCCCAGCCCUAGGCUCAGUGGAGCAGCUCAGGAAGCAAUGGGAGACCUUUGAGUGAGCCAGGCAAUGAGGGCUGGGGCAAGCCUGGGCCUGAGCGCUGCUCUGCCGUCGCUGCGGCUCUGAGGCUAGCUGGCCCUGCUUCCCCUGCUGCUCUGUUUCUGCCCAGGUUCUGCCAGUGGAAGGGAUGGGCCCCUCUCUGCUGCCCCUGCCCUCCCCCAUACUGCCCAUCUCUGACGUCUGGCCCCUGGAGAAUGCACCAGUUCUGGCCUGGGUAUCAACCCAGCUCUGGGGUGCCUGCCCUCCCCUCACCCCUCAUUGGGUAUUGCACUAAAGAGGCCAACUGGGCUGAUGACCACCCACACCAAGUUCUACCCACCUACCCUCUGGAAACCUCCCACCAGGAGCCCCAAGGCUCCUCAAGGCCUCUCCUCCAGAGCCCCGUUCUCCUCACCCAGCUGCAGCCCUGCACACCCCACCUUGAUGGCCCAGGCACCAGUGGUACCCUCAGCGUGAACUCGUCUGCACAAGACAUGUGGUCUGGAGUUACAGUAAGGAACCCCACCCUGGGCUGGAGGAUCUACCUGGUGGGGCAUUUCCAAGCCCUCUCUAGCAAUAUGCACACUCAUUCUUUCUUCAGUCUUUACUUAACCCCCAAACUGCCACUGUUUCUGGCUUUGUAGGGACUUGGGGGCUGAGGGAUCCUGGGAUCCCUCCUGAUAGCCAGAUUCAGCCCCAGCCUGCCCUGUGGGGGCUGGGAGCACUGAAAACUGAUCUGUAGAAGAAAAACUAUCAACAGUUGAAUCUGAAUGCAUCAGGAGGAGGAGCUGGGCUGCCAUCGCGUCCCUAUCUGGUGCCCGUGGUUUCUACUGGUCUCUCACAUUACUCAAGUGUAGCUCAGCAAGUCUCAACUUGCAUGGCACUGUGGGGGCAGAGCUGAGAAGCGGGUAUCCAGAAUCCAACUGGUAGGCCACAGACUGAUGCAGGGGCUGCAGCAAACCCAGCUGCCCCGAGCUCCUGGGGUCAGGAGUGGGCAGGGGCACUGAACCCUUCUCCAGGCCCUGGUGGGGGUGGACAGACUUGGCUUCUUGCAGCCUGGAGACAGGAGAAGGGCUAGGAGCCACCCUCUCCCCACUCACCUCAUGAUUAUUGCCAGCACAGAAAUUCCUGAGGCCAGCAUCACCAAAGCUAAAUUGAAAUGUUUUAUUGUUUAUAUUUCUUUUCCUUUUUACUUUGAUUUGAUGACUCUUGAAAUUGACUAGUUUCAAAAAAUCAAGUUAAAAUAGGGCCCAACCAUUUAAGAAAACAACCAUCUGAGACAGUCAGGAAAUUGUGAGCAUUGUGACCUGAUUUGUUAUUUCCUAUUUGUGAAGGGUCAGACAGAGAAGCUCAGAGGUGUCUGACAGGGCAAGGGGGUUCCUGGAGGCCCCCACAACCGCAGGGAACCUUGUUAGUAUCUGAGGCCUGUGGGCCCGUGAGGCUGGCCCCAAAGCUCCCUCUGAGGUGGGGUGUGAAGAGCGGCUGGGCUGGCUCACAGCCCCUUCCUGAGUCAAUCGUGGCCCCUCCAACAAGUCUCUAAACUCGGGAGUGUUCUGGCCGCUGCGUGGAGGGUGUGUGUCUGGGCCACGUGGGCACCUGCAUGCAGAACACUUACGUGUUUCCACAUAUUCCAGAUCCACCUGCCUAUUCUGGGCAAACCCCUGAGCUUCAUCAGGGAUGGGGCAGCCCACCUGGUGGGCAGCGUAUAUGAGGCACUAGGUGGCCGAGGGAGGCAGAGCCCAUACCUUGGUCUCCCCAGCUGUGUUGGGACUGGUGGCAAGCACUCUAUGUUGACAUGAACACUGCUGUCUAUUCACUUGCUGGAUUGAAAUUGCAAACCCAAGGAUGCGUUUUGUGUAUGCAUUCAAUAAAGUCUUCUUGGGGAGAA